GGAAGGUCGUUACUGUGUAUCCCUGUUGGUAACGGCAGGCUCGAUAUUACAGAGGCGCUGUUUGGGCGUGGUGGCAGUAUACCUGCUUUGCUCGGUGGCGCAUCGCAGGUGUCGUGUUUUCCUCCGCUGUGGUUCUUUAGUGCUAUGUAGUUACGCGCGGGGUUGGUACCGAAGCAGAACGUGUAUUUUGGCAUAUUCAAAUGAACCGAGGCGAAGUCCGAAAGAAUAUGUUUACCUCGUAGUUUAUUCUUAUACAAAAUGUUUUGUUUUUAAAUGGCUUCAUUUCGAUACGUUUUAACCCGUCGUGUAAAUAACAGUGGGUGAAACAAUGAAAGACACACACCUGCCAUCCGAUUCAUGUAUCAAUGGUGUUGGCAACACGUCUUUUAGUGCAGACAACUCUACAGUCAACACAGCAGCUCUGACCAUUGACAAAUGGAGCAACUACAAUUUCUGGACAGGCUUGACGCUGGCCGUGCUCUCAGCUUUUCUUAUAGGAGGAAGCAUUAUCCUGAAGAAGAAGGCGUUGCUACGUUUGGCCAGUACUGGGGAGACGAGAGCAGCUGAGGGAGGUCAUGGGUACCUGAAGGACUGGCUGUGGUGGGGAGGUCUUUUGACAAUGGGUGGUGGUGAAGCGGCAAAUUUCACGGCGUACAUGUUUGCUCCAGCCACAGUGGUGACCCCUUUAGGAGCUCUCAGUGUUCUUAUCAGUGCAGUUCUGUCCUCCCACUUGUUCGGAGAAACAAUGAAUCUGCUAGGAAAACUUGGCUGCAUGCUCAGCAUUCUGGGAAGCACUAUAAUGGUUAUACAUGCACCUGAAGAGGAAGAGGUGACGACGCUUACAGAAAUGACACAGAAACUGCUGGAUCCUGGUUUUCUGGUGUUUGCCAGCAUCCUGCUGGUCACUUGUAUGGUCCUGAUCUUCUACGUCUCUCCUCGCUUCGGUCAAACCAACAUAUUAGUCUACAUCAGCAUCUGCUCUCUGCUCGGAUCGUUCACCGUGUCCUCGGUCAAGGGCCUCGGCAUUGCGAUCCGCACCAUGUUCUCUGACCUUUCAGUGGUCCGUCACCCUCUCACUUGGAUUCUUUUGCUGACCCUAAUUGGAUCCAUCAUCAUCCAGGUCAACUAUCUGAAUAAGUCACUGGAUACCUUCAAUACGCUCUUGGUGUACCCCAUCUACUACGUCUUUUUCACCACUGUAGUCCUGAGCACCUCCGUGAUUCUCUUUAAAGAAUGGGGAGCCAUGUCAGGAGUGGAUGUGGUGGGCACCAUCGGGGGCUUCUUGGUGAUUGUGAUCGGGGUGGGCAUGCUACACCUCUUCAAAGACUUGAAUGUGAGUUUUGAAGAUCUAAGAAGCAACCUUUGUCAGCCAGACAGCCCGUCGAAGAGGGAGGACAAGCACAUCCUCAUAGAGAACAUAGAGAGCCUGCCACCCAUGAGAGAGGAAGGGCCCAGAGUCUUCAUCAUCAGCUGAGAUUGUACCAGAUCUCAGCUGGUUUGACUAUACAGUUUAGUAAUAUCCUCACUCUUAGGGUGAAUCCCAUUUCUCUGUCUUACCCCUUCCCCUACGUCUUACCCCUAGCCCUUGUCCCUCGAAACCGAGUGGUAAGCGCUAGGGGUGAAAACAUACCCCUAUGAAAUGAGACACCACUUGGUUACGGUUACGUCAUCAUACACCGUCGCUAGCUGGCUGCUACGUCACCAGAGCCGACAAGUGUUGAUCACAAACUUUUGAUCGUUUUACAAACUUGUUAAAACUGUAGACAUGCAUGGAGUCCAUUCAAGGCUAGUCUGCGGGACUGUUGUGCAAAUCAGCAAUGUAACGUUAGCGUCGCAAACUAGCGAUUUUAAAAACAUUUCAAUUAAGAACAUGGUUGCAAAUAUAUAUGUACAGGACUGUCUAGAGCACAAAACAAGACUGUCGUAAUUUUUAAAUAAAUUAUUUAAGCCGAAAAUACUUGAUUGUUGCCGGUUGCGCAGUGUGUUCUGGGUACCCCUCGGUUUCAAGUAAGCUCGCGAAAAUGCUUGGUUUUAAGGGUAU